ACCAACGCCCAGUAGAAGAAGAGAAGCGCGACCUCCGCCUCCGCCUCGCCGCCGGCGAUGGAGCCGCCGCCACCUCCUCCUCCGGCUACCCCCGCUGCCGCCGUCCGCGUCCUCUCCCGCACUCCUUCGAAAACCUCUCACAACCCCUCCUCGGCGCCCUCCACGGGACCGGGCGCCGGCGCCGCCUUUCACGACGGCGUCGUCGCUGUCGGCUUCGUGGGCGGCGCGGGGACAGCCCGCCUCGCGGACCGGAUCCUCGACGCCCACGUCUUCUCCCCGGGCGGCUCGGCGGGGAGCCUCGCUGGGAGCGUCAGGUACCACCGAGACGGCGACAAGAGGAUGGUGUUCCUGCACCUCACGCCGCCGCCCACGCCGAUGGAGGCGGGAGGAAUUGGCGGCGGCGGGGAGAUGCCGGAGAUGCUCUUCAUGUUCUCCGUCUGCCACAUAAUCAUAUUUCUGCAAGAAGGCUUCAGAUUUAACACACAAACCUUAAAGGAGUUCCGACUGCUGCAAUCUUCAAAGCAUGCUUUCGCUCCAUUUGUGAAGUCACUGUUAGCAGCUGCAAUGCCUGCCAAAACUGUCACAUCUGACACCCCAACACGAGCAACCCACAGGGCUUCCUCCAUCUCCCCUCCAGCACGUCGUGGAGGUCACUCUGGGCGCCAGUCCUCUGCCAUCUCACUUAUGUCCGGAACCACUUCAAAUCCUUCUGUAUUGCCAGGCCAAUGCAUUCCUGUAUUGCUCUUUGUCUUUGAGGAUGAUGCAGUUGAUGUUUCAAGUGCUGCCACAAGUUCAGAUGAUAUGGGUGACACAUUUUCAUCAAAUCAGGGUUCUACCUCUGAUGGAUUAUCAAAACAAAGCUCAACUUCAAAAGGUUCUGGUUCAGUGGUUAUGCUUGCCCGGGCAGCAAACAAAUCUGAGAGUAGUUCAGGCAAAAAAUUGCAUUCCUCAUUAGAGGGACAGAUUCGCGUCUUGCUCAAGAAGUGUAGAGUACUUGCUGGCAUGGAGCCGGGACAUAUUGGCCCCAGGGGUCUAAGUAACAUGAGUCAUCAUGUACCCUUGUUCUCACUUGAUACCUUGAGGGUUGUUGCACUAUUGGAACGGUCUAUCAAUAAGAAACAGGAUCCAUUAGACGUCAUUGCAGGAUUGUUUGAAGAUUCCAUGACCUCCAAAUCACCACUGGAUAUUCUUUCACUGGAAAACAACUACCACCCAACAAACCAUGAUGACUUUCAGUUAAUCAAGGACUUCAUAUUUCGGCAAUCUGAUGCCCUGAGAGGGAGAGGGGGGUAUACAAGCAAUGCUACUGCUGGGUCUGUUGCUGGUGUUGGCAUGGUGGCUGCUGCUGCAGCAGCAGCAGCAGUGUCAGCUGCUGCUGGGAAACCAGUUAAUGUUCCUGAUCUCCCUAGUUUUGAUAAAUGGCUGUCCAUAAGUACUUCUAUCCUCACUGCACUGCUUAGUGGAAGAAAUGCGCUGAGUGGUUUGUCUGAAAGCAAGACACAUACAAGUCCAAGUGAGAAAAAUGAACAACUUCCUGCUGGAGGAUCUAAUGCUAUUGACAUCACAUUAUCUUGCUUGCAAAGCAAUAAUGGGCUGAACAUGAAAUUUUCUUCAUCAUGGUGCCAAAGGGUGCUUCCAGCUGCUAAGGAAUUGUACCUAAAAGGUUUACCUGCCUUUUACCCCACCAGCAUGCAUGAAGUACAGCUACAGAAGGCAUUGCGAUCCUUUUGCUCAAUGGUUAAAGGACCAGCAGUCAGGUUAUUCUCAAAGAAGCUGGAAGAUGAGUGCCGGACAAUAUGGGAAUCUGGAAGGCAGCAGUGUGAUGCUGUUAGUCUAACUGGCAGACCAUGCAAGCACCGGAGGCAUGUCAAUUUCUCUUCAUCAGAUGCAGUAGAGCAACAUUCUAGUGGAUAUGUCUUCCUUCAUGCGUGUGCCUGUGGCCGUUCACGUCGCCUUAGAGAAGAUCCUUUUGACUUUCAGACAGCGAAUGUGUCUUUUAAUUGUUUCUCUAACUGCGAAGAUCUACUACCUACGCUUGUGCUUCCGAGAGGUCGUGAUGCUGGCUCGUUUUCAGUAUCCUCUUGGCGGUUGGUGCGAAUCGGAGGAGCAAGAUAUUACAAGCCAACAAAAGGGUUGCUCCAAAGUGGCUUUAGCCCCAAAGAAAGGUAUCUACUAAGGUGGAUGAUAUCUGUUGGUAAGGGGCAAGUGAGAAAUGGCAAUCGUUCUAAUACUGUUACUUCGUCCACAAGAUCUAGUAUGAACCCUCAGACUCCUCCAGUAGUCACUGGUGAAGUAAAAUCUGUCGUAACCCAAGUUACACCACAAAUUAAAUCUGCAAAGCUUGAAAAUGCUGUAAAACAACCUGAAAUGGAAUCAAUGAGCAACUCUGGUGUUAAUUUUGGUAGAGGUCUUCCAAAUUUUACCAUGAAAAAGCCCUUUGCUGAAGUUGUUGCUGGCACCACUGCAAAAGAUUCUGAGUUUCCCACUCUUCAACAAACGAGGCCACCAAAACCUGGUGGUCGAAAAGAUGAGCGGCAAAUGAAUGUAGCAGACCAGACUAAUGGCCGAGGUCAUGUGGCUCUCAGCCAAGUGCCUCUAGCUGAAAGUGAACCUGUGAAAGUGAGCAGAAACAAGAGCAGUGAAAGUGCUGAUGGGAAGCCCUUUUUACAGAUAGGGAGCAGUAUAGUUCCAGUGAUUGUUGGAAAUGAAUCUAGAGAAACUAAUCAACCAGUACAACAGUUCAUUGUGUAUGUUGGAUUUGAGCACGAGUGUCCCUAUGGGCACCGUUUCUUACUGUCAGAGAAGCAUAUGACAGAGAUUGAUUCUUCCUGUUUGCAGUAUCAAAGACCAUAUGUAAACAAAGAAGCAGAAAGCAAGCAUGCACAGAAGUUGGUCCUAAAUGCUUCUGGUUUGGCAGCAUAUACAGUGGACAUAAACAAUGGACGGAAAAACAGUAAGCCACUGGAAUCAUCAGGGAGAAACAGCCAGCAGCAAUCAAUGCAGCUGAGGGUUGAUGCACCGACCUCACAGCCUUCUCCUUGGCUUUCAGAUCUACAGAAUGACAAAAGGGGGGAGCAUUAUUUUCGAAACAUUGCAGUUGAUGAUGGUGGAGAAGCAUUUUCACUCAUGAACAGAAACUUGCCAAUAUAUAUGCACUGUCCACAUUGUAAGAUGUCAGAAAGGAAGGAACAUCAAGAUGUAAAGUUUGCUGGCGCCGUGUCACAACUUCAACGAAUUUUCAUUGUGACUCCUGAUUUCCCGGUCCUGUUGGCUAGCUGCCCACUUGUACAGUUUGAGGGGUCAUGUUUACCAUCAAAUGUCUCUGAUCAUGAGCGAGAAGGAUUAUUCAGUAUUGGGUGUCGAGUUAUCCUCCCACCUGAGAGCUUUCUUACUAUGAGGCUUCCGUUUGUCUAUGGUGUUGAGACAAAAGAGGGAAGUAUAUUUCCCCUCAAACACUUUGAGCAACAACCAGAGCUCACAGCGUGGCUGGUUGGAGGCACAGCUUUGCAAAUUGUAUCGAUAGGGAACGCCACUGAGAAAGAAACCAUUAUGAAGUGAUAGACAUGUUAUCUAAAGCUUACUGGUUCAGCCGUAUCCUAUUCGCAUGCAGUGAUAUGCCAUAGGAUGGUUAGUUUUGCUUCUACUCCUGGACCGGUGCUGCCAAGCUGUCAAUACAACUCUAAGCUUUCUUUCCUGCUCCAUGCAUUGAGAAAUGGUGGCUUCGCUGAUAAGUACAUGAAUGAUGUACAAUAGAUGCACGCGGAGAGACUGACACAGGACUUUAUGGCAGGCAUGGAAAAAGGAUGGAUCAAAAAAGUGAGAUGAUAACCGAAAAAGCAAGGUUUUGCUUGAAUAUGGAGGAGGCUCCAGGUUGGCAGCAGCCGCUUCUGGUAGACCGGGGACUGGACUGGACUGGAGAAUGUUGAAGGUGGAAGGAAACGCAUGAACAACUCCUGUUUGACAAGUGUAAAGGCAGGCACGAAAAGGUGAAGACGGGAUCACAGUCGAGGCGAGCCACUCUGUCUGUGCGCAUGUUGAUGACGCAUCAAGGUCUGCCUUUUGUUUUUUUUUUCACCUGCAAAACGGACGUUUCCACGUGAUGUGAAUCAUUCCAGAAUGGGUGUUGGAAGCGUGACACGUUGGUGAAGUAAUGCCACGCAGCCUGGCUGGAAAAGUUUCUUUCUUGCAUGAUACCAUGGUCCGGUGAGAGUUGCUUGGACUUGGACAAGCAGCUGUGUGUUUGGGCUUGCUACCUAAUGUUCUGCUUGGCCGAUAACUGACAUGGACAUUGACUUGAAGUCUCUCCUCCCUACAUCGCUGAUACCACCAGAUUGAUGGAAGCUGAUGUAAAUGCAAACAAACAGCUGGUUGGUUCAGGCACCACACCAGCAGGUCAGAUGUUCCUUUGCUCUGCAGAAUCCAUGAUCCACAGGAACCGUUGGGUUUUCGUUCAUCUGUGACCUUUGUUGCUUGCACAAACAACUAGAAGCAUGUGUGAUGAUGGUGGGAGCCCCUGGGUCUAGGUAACCAGCAGGCUCAGACGUGACGUGGAGCCUGGCUUGGAGGUUUUGCUACAGUUCUCGCGCUGCACCUGAUGUACAUAGGACCUGCAGAACGUGAUGGUUAUUUAUCCAACCUCUACGCCUAUAUCUUCCAGAGGCUUAACAAGUUGGAUUAAAGCUAACUUCAUCUUGGUUAGAGAAAGUGAAACUAACUAGGAGGUGGUAGUGGUGGUGGUAGUACACAAGGCAAGCUCUUUCGUGGCUGCUUUUCUGACAGAGACGUUCUCCAUGUCAAGUGAUGUCCAUGUGCUUUAAGAAAGUCAUCCGGUCGAGGGCCUAUGCUCAUCGAUCCAAGCUAGAGAUGAAAGAGACUCACAAGUUAAGGC